CAGAACCAGAUUAUCAUACAAGGGAACAGUGCAGUAUCCACCUGCCCACCUGAGUCAUAAGAACAGGAAUGGCAGAAGAGCCUGUCACGGGAACUGCUUCAAGAAGCUCCUCAUUAUUUGAAAACGGCGGACGAAAGGUGGAAGAAUGCGAGGACAUGAUCCAAAGAAGCCUCCGAACUCCAACGGUAAAAUUUCUGAAAGAGCAUCUGGAGAAGACUGGAUGCAUUCUUGGGGAUAAGUUCAUCAAGGCUGUUCACUGUGAUAAGCAGAUCAGUGGUGGUUAUGUCCGUGGUGAAGGAGUAAUGGCCUCAUAUAUUUCUCAUUAUGAUCUUAAAUUUUCUCUUAUUAACCACAUGAACAUCCAAGAUGAGGUAAAUCAAGUGGUUAUCCAUGAACUAAUCCAUGCAUAUGACGAUUGUCGAGCUGCUAACUUGGACUGGGCAAAUUGUGCUCAUCAUGCUUGCAGUGAGAUUCGUGCGGGCCAUCUAAGUGGUGAUUGUCACUACAAACGUGAAUUGCUGCGGGGUUAUAUGAAAUUAAGGGGUCACGAGCAAGUAAUAAGAAGAAGAGUUAUGAAGUCACUGAGUGGUAAUCCAUACUGCCCGGAAGCAGCUGCAAAGGAUGCCAUGGAAGCUGUCUGGGAUGUUUGUUACAAUGAUACAAAGCCCUUUGAUAGAGCACCGUGACAACAUGGUAGUUGCUAGUCUUUCAUCACUGCCAAGCUGAGCUUCAUCUCCAUUUCAAACUCCAACCACCCCCCCCCCCCCCAGCGGCA